AAGAGAAGCUGUUAAGUGGUAUAUGAAAGCAGCAGAAGGCGGGUAUGUGCGUGCUAUGUACAAUAUAUCCUUAUGCUACUCAUUUGGGGAAGGACUGUCACGCAAUCAUCAAGUAGCAAGAAAGUGGAUGAAGCGGGCUGCAGAUCAUGGUCAUAGUAAAGCUCAAUUUGAGCAUGGACUUGCUCUUUAUUCUGAGGGAGACAUGAUCAAGGCUUUGGUUUACUUGGAACUUGCUAGCCGUGCUGGUGAAAAGGGUGCUCCUCAUGUUAAGAAUGUAAUUGUUCACCGGCUUUCUGCUGCUUCACGCAAUCAUGCCAUGCUUCUAGCUGAUAGUUGGCGUGCUUUGCCAUCAAAUUGAGCUAAAAUCUGUAUGAUCAGUGAGCAAGAAAUCGCAUUACUUUUACCACUAAUUGAGGCAUUAAUUGUUUUUUCUUUUGUUCCGGGGGGCAAUAUACAGUGCUAAUGAUAGCCCUUCCGAGUUCCGAUGGUAGAUUUUUGUAUAAGACUGUUGCAAUUUUAGCCAUAUGAACAAAGUAUUCCUUUAUGUGUAGACUCACAUUGUCUUGAAUCAUGUUAGUGUAUAAUGUUUUUAGUGUUAA